GACUGCGGGGAAUGAGGAUGACAGCGAGCAGCGACCAUUAUAAAUAAAGCGCCCACAGCUGCACAUAUACUGCGACUGUGUUUGAUUUAUAUUCCAGGGAGCAGCCGCGGUGCAUUGUUGUACUGUGGGCGACACAGGACGAGUCAUUUCUUGCAUUUCUUUGUGUUUAAGUGUUAAAUUACAGUGCAAUUUUACUGCAAAGAGAAAACCGGUCGGAGGAGGUGAACGGGUUCGGGCUUCGGCUGGAAGAGCUGGUGUGACGUAUCCGUCCACCAACACACACACACACACACACACACACCGGCUGCCGCGUCGCCUGCCAGAGUCUCAAUGUGGGGAAAUGACCGCGAGUGACCUCAAAGGAAACACUGUAAUUUAGCGACUACUCGUAUUUCCAUUUUAAUAUUACAUUAAAGGGAAAAAAUAGGUCAAAUUCGAGCUUUAUAUUUUAGGUUAACACACGUUAAAUUGACGUUAGCUGCUCGCGCGACUGACUCACUAGCUUCCAAGCAGCGGGGCUAACAUUAGCGAAGCUAAGCUAAAGUAGCCGGUUUCUUAUUGCUAGCGGCCGGGCUCUACAGUGUUUUCCUCCUGCAGAUGCUAAGGUAAGCUAGGCUAGGCUAGCUGCUGCCAUGGAUAAAGCCAAGUCAAUGAUGGACAAGAAAGGAGCGUCGGGACCCUUUCAUGUCAACAACGGGCAGAACCAGAGGGGCUUUCACAGCCACGUCGCUGUGGCCGCUAACGGCAGCUGUUGCAGCGGCACUGCAUUCGGGUCGAGCACCGGACCCAACAGCAGCACAUUUGAGAACAUGCACCAUCUGCACCGCGGGGACGAUGUGGAGUGCAACGGGUCCCCGGCCAAGAGGUGCAGGCUACGGAGGAGGACGGAGUCGGUGAGACGGAACAGACCCCCCUUUCCCUGGUUUGGUAUGGACAUCGGUGGCACCUUGGUCAAGUUGGUGUACUUUGAGCCAGUUGACAUUACUGCAGAGGAAGAACAGGAGGAAGUGGAAAACCUCAAGUCCAUCCGCCGCUACCUCACUUCAAACGUGGCCUAUGGUAAAACAGGCGUCCGCGACGUCCACCUGGAGCUGAGGAACCUGACCAUGUGCGGCAGGACGGGGAACCUGCACUUUAUCCGCUUCCCAACACAGGCCAUGCCCCGUUUCAUCCAGAUGGGUCACGACAAGAAUUUCUCCAGCUUGCACACAACACUCUGUGCCACUGGAGGGGGCGCGUACAAGUUUGAGAAUGACUUCAGAACGAUGGCCGACCUGGAGCUGCUGAAGCUCGACGAGCUGGACUGCCUCAUCCGUGGUCUGCUCUACGUUGACCGGGUGAGCUUCAAUGGACACCCGGAGGGAUACUACUUCCAGAACCCAUCAGACACCCAGAGCUGUGUGAAGAUGCCCUGCACCCUGGACAACCCCUUCCCCAUGCUGCUGGUCAACAUUGGCUCCGGGGUCUCCAUACUGGCCGUGUACUCUGAGAACAACUACAAACGGGUGACUGGGACCAGUCUGGGAGGUGGUACAUUCCUGGGCCUUUGCUGUCUGCUGACGGGCUGUGAGACGUUCGAGGAGGCGUUGGAAAUGGCCAGCAAGGGCGACUCUACCAACGUGGACAAACUGGUGAAAGAUAUCUACGGAGGAGACUACGAGCGCUUUGGCCUACAGGGCUCCGCUGUUGCAUCUAGUUUUGGUCACAUGAUGAGCAAAGAGAAGCGAGACAGCAUCAGCAAGGAAGACCUGGCCAGAGCCACACUGGUCACCAUCACUAAUAACAUCGGAUCCAUAGCACGGAUGUGUGCUGUCAAUGAGAAAAUUGAGCGUGUGGUGUUUGUUGGGAACUUCCUUCGAAUCAACACAGUGUCCACAAAACUGCUAGCCUAUGCCAUGGACUUCUGGUCUAAAGGACAAUUAAGAGCCCUCUUCCUGGAACACGAGGGUUAUUUUGGAGCUGUUGGGGCGCUGAUGGAGCUGCUCAAGACAACAGAGGACCCGUGAAGGAGAUAAUGUCAUGACAUCAUCAACACCUCGACAAGAUGAUGUCAUGUACCCCUGAACGCUGUGAUGUCAUCAACUCUCGAUGCCGUGACGUCAUCAACUUUUGACGCUGCUUAAAGGUCUCGUUCACAGAGGCCGCUAAAGGAACACUAAAAGAAAGAAACAGAAACUGAGAAAAGCCAUUUUAAUAAUUUAACUCUUGUAAAUAAUGAUACCUCUAACAUCCAACUCCUAAAUUUCCCUAACAGAGUCCCCCUGUCAUAGAGGUUUUAAUAUUGUAAUCUUUAAUUUAUGGUUUCCUGUAAUCGCCUUUGUUGAUUCCUGUAAUCAGUCCUGUGUCAGGAAGCACAGAGACACAGAGUAUUUUUAGUGUUUUUGUUACUGUGUGUAUUUUUGUGUGAAUAGCUACUGUAGCAUUAUGUCCUGGAGGCUGUGGUACCCCGGACGACUAUUUGUGCAACAGUUCUCUGAGAUAGGAUGUCUGCACAGAAAUGAAGUUAAUCCUCAAUGAGUCAUUUUUACCACCAGGGACUCAAGAAAAUUCCUUUUCUGCGACCACAGAAACAUCAUUUGACCACCACUGCCUCCCCCCUUCAUCUGCCCGACUGCAGACGGACAGGCUGUAGCUGAAGCCUUCGGUUACCUCUGGUUGUUAGUGGGAAACCAUUUAGACUACAGCUGGUGGUCACCCAGCUCCAAACUGCAGCUGAACGGCCGUUGUGGCAGUUGCUAAGAUUUGGGAGGCAUUUUGUUGCACAAAGAGUUGCCCAGUUAUGCUCCAGUCUUCUAAGGAGUGCACUGAAGCCAAAUCCUGUUGAGAUUCGUACGGCACCUGACUCCUUCAACCCAGAUGGGAAGCAGAUUCUUUCUGUUGCUCCACUGCACAUGGCCUUUUGCUUUUUGUCUCUCCUCCACCUGCCUACAUGUAAACAACAUUAACAACACCAUAUUGCCACGCAUGCAUACCUAACCUGUUGAGUUUAGUGUUAGAUGAUGGGACCAAGACAUUGUCUUCCAACAGAUAUACACAAGUAGUGUCUGCGUUGUUGAUUUCUGUUGACUAGGAUCACUACAACUACAGUUCAGUGUGGCUCAUCAACCUGUGUUUCUGAUUUGUGAAAUACAAUGGGAUGAUGAUUUUUUUUUUUUUCUGUCGCCCUUCCCUGUCUGUCGGUGUCAAGCUCAAAGACACUUCAGCCGGGCCUGUCCCUUAACCCUCCGGCUCCUCUUCCACCCUGCUGCCUUGUUUUGGAUGUUGAUUUAAUGAGGUGUUCAGGCUGAGCUAACGCAGGCCGAAAUUAAAUUUGCUCCAUGCAAAUCCUGGCAUUAAAAAGGUUCAGCACUCCUGUUGUAGAUGCAGAUGUAGAAGAACGGUAUGACCUUUUUGGAGAUAAUGGGGACCAAGAUGCUUCUAGCGAAGAGUUGCCCCUCAUGUAAAAUACACUAAUGCAAAUUUGCUAGCAGCAGAAUCAGUUAACCUACUGUAGAUUAGAUUAGUGUUUUUACUGUCUAAUGGUACAGUUAUUGUGCAUGACAUGUUCUCAAAGUGCUGCUUAGGUGAGCUUUUAGAUUUCAAGACCUUAUUUGUCCCCGAGGGGCAAUUAAUUUUAUUCCUCCCACAGUCCAGAUUGACUAAGCUUGUGUCAGAUUGGCCAAUUGGCAGAAUUAACCACACCCGUGCAAAGUGUGGCACAAACAUAAACAGUUUGCAUGCCUCUGUCUAUAGUCAGGGCAGCCUGAGUCCAUAUGCACACGAGCAUGUGCAUUCUAGAAGGGAUUCAAGCUUUUUUUCAUUGUGUAUUUACCACAUACUUGAAAACGACAGUGCGGAUCUUUCAAAUUUUAGCGAAGCCUGAGAUUCCAGGAUGGAAAGCCACCUUGCUUGCCUGAAUUGCCUGCAAUAACGUUCUGACUGGAGAUCUUCCUGCCACCUUUUAAAGGAAUCUUACCUUACCUGCAAUCAUUUCGGGGAGUUGAAAUAGUAGAUUACAUGCACACCUCAUCCUAUGGGAUAGGUUUGCCUGUAAUUCAUUUCAGCAAACCCUGCUGGACCUUUACAGCCUUUCAUUUCUGUUUAAUGUCAGCGCAGCUGAACUAUGAAGCUGGACGGUGCAGUCUGCAUUGUACACUGCUUUAUUGAUUUAGCACCACUGUCUACAUGCCUUUGUUCUCCAGCAGAGAAACUGUGCUUUUUCCCUUUUUGGAAUCACUCUUUGUGUAAUUCACGUCCAUCACUCAGUUUUUGUAGUCUGGACUAUUUGCUGUUAAAAUACCUCCGAACCAUUACUACCAACACUUUCGGGUUAGUUAUUUUUCUCUGUUUCUGAGCCUGAUGUACAAGUAUUAGUUCAGGACAUUGGAUUGUUUUUUUUUUUUUUCACCUUCAGUAUAACAACAAGGCUAAAAUCCUUAUCAGCUAGUUGCAUGUUGUGCAAGUAUUUUGUAAAUCUUAUUGACAAAAUCAACCGUUUCUCCUCUUCGCAUAAUGUACCCAUGGCCUACACUUUGACCCCGACAAAUAACCUGUUUGCUGCUACAUGCUUUUCUGUUUUUCUUUUUUUCUUUGGUUGUUUAAAUGUGUAAAAAGACACAUAGGGCAGUUGGAUUAUAGGCCACAUCGUUCUUUGGAAAUUGAUAUUUUAAAUGGAAGUUUUUAUCAACAGCCACUCACAAAAUACUAACAUUUAAAACGUUUUGCUGUGAAAUUGAAUAUGCACCAUUUGCAGCAAUUAUGUUUGCAAAUUGUAUAUUGAACAGAAAUAAAACAGCUAACAGAAACUCAUCAGUUAACAGAAUAAUCCCUUCUUUACAGAGUGGGUCCUCUGUAAUUCAUGUGUCAUAAAAGUAAAAAUGAGUAUUUUUAUAGUGUGGAUACCUUGAGUGUAACAGGCUAUAAAAAGCUUCUAUAAUCCAAAUGCUAACACUAAUGCAAGUGUUAAAAGUAAAACUGUGGUGAAACACUGUUUGAGUAGUGUUCACCAUGUCCUCUAAAUUCAUUGAAUCAUCAACGUGUUCGAUCCUGCAUGUGUUCAGGUGUGACGUCACUGUUUCCCUUCUGUUUUUUUUCAGUUGUUGUUUUUGCCUUGUUCCAACUCAUGUUUGGAUACUUUCAUGUUCAAUAGUGGCCUCACACCUCUCAGAUGCCACUCAACUUUUAAAAUCAGGCUGGUGUUGGAUAUGUUGUGCCGCCCGUUCCUUUAAUCUGAACCCCCCGAUCAGCUGCCUUCACUGUGUGUUAGCCUGGUUACACCGUUUCUGUGCCCUUCAGUUUCCUGUAUGAUUUUUAAUUUCAGUUUCUUGAACCUCACCUCAGCGUUUUUGUGACAUUGUGCAUGCAGAUACGUCUUUACGUUUGAGGUUCACUCUUGCUUUCUGUGUUUGUUGUUUUUUUUUUUUGUGUUUUGUUUGCCAUCGUACUGUAACAGAUUCACUGCAGUUAACACGCUGUCCGGCAUUCACAACUCACCUGCUAGUCCCGAGGGUGUCCGUAGUGCAAGGAUGUCAACAUCCACUACCACAGCAAUGGUUUUGGUACUAAAAUUUCCUCAUUUAAAAAGCCACAACAUUCUUUAGGUACCACAGAUUAUUAACAGUGAGAACUGGAAUUUGGAAAACUGUAGUUUCCCCAACCUUUCUUUUAAUUCUGUUUUUGGACAACAGUUUGGUUUGGGAACAUUUUUAAAAGGUGUAUCCUUUUAUUAUGGCUAUCUUGUUUGUUUUCUUUUUCUUUUUUUGUGGCCAGUAGUAAUUAAUAAUGUGAGUUAAUGUGUUUUUCCCAAGUGAUCUGAAAAUACUCUUGUACUGAAUCUCUUUUCAUGGUUUGAUUGUUUUUGGUUGGCACAAAAGAACCAGUGUGAUUGUUCCUUGAAAUGUAAAUCCCUGCUAUCAUGCUCUGUCAGGCUGAAGAAGUUUUUUGUGAUUUGCAGCACUUGUGAAACAGAUCCGAGUCUCACUGCGAGUGGUACCCUUUUAAACACGUAUCAUCAGUGUCCUGCAGAACCUUUUAUCUCAAAACAGGUGAACACCCAAAUAGAAGGAGCAUUUAUUGUAUUCAUUUUACAAUCUGCUGCUCCACCGAGGUUCAGUGCUGGUGUCAGUGCUGUGUGGUUUUGGAAAUAGAUAGAUGAAGACAUACAUUUGGGAACAUGGGGAACAGAUUGAGAUGAUUCAUGGUCUCUGCAUAACAUAGAUGACGUGUUUUUAAAGGUGCUCAUUUUAAAGUGUACCUUUUAUGUUUCCAGUGAUGGUGCAAUUGCAAGUUAUAACAUCAUUUUCAUACUCAACUAAUCCAAAACCGUUCCAAGCCAGAGUUACAGUCUAGCAUGGAAAUAUAAUGGGUUCGGAUACUUUUUGGACCUUUUAUUAUUCUGCUGAUGUACUGCUGCAGCUUCAGUGGGUUUGACUCUAAAAACCAAAUUAACUCGCUAGAACUGCAAUUCUUCACAUUAACUGUGUUUAUGUUUUAACAACAUAACAACUACUCAUGAACCCCAUCAUUCACAGUAGUAUCACAUCUUACACUGUAGUUGACAUUUUUGUGAAGUCUUUUAAAAGUGUUUUCGGUAACUACCAUGCAGAUACAGUAUAAAGCAUUUAAGUGAACUCACUCUUAAGCAGUGAUUUUUCUGCUCUCUCUCGAGUGAACAGUGUGGGUGUUUGUCUGCUUUGAUAACAGUCUGAGUUUUGAUUUUAAGAAUUUAGGGUUUGAACCUCAGCGACACUUUUUUGGGGUUCAUUUCCAACUGGGACCACCUGUCCUCAGAUCAGUAUGUAUUCCUCAGUACUGUAAGGAGCUGUGGCUUAAAGCGCCCACCGAACUGCAAACGUUCACGUCAUCCAUAGUGAAAUCUAACCAACAGGCUAUGCAGUAACUCAUCCAUGGAUCUCUUCGUCCCUUUCAAUACACUCACCUCUUCUCUAAAGCUAGCAGAGUUGAUUUGACUUGUUUGUAAAUGUUUUUCCAAAAAAAAAAAAAAAAAAGAUAUGCAACCAUGUUAGUUUUGCCCUCUUAGAAAUCCUGUUUGAAUCUUGACGGAGAGAAUGUCUCCAAAUUUGUCCUGCUGAUUUAGUUGUUAACACUAUUUAAGGUGGAUGCACACAACGGGAUGUUUUAGGCCAGAUUAUGAACCAAAAGGAGCGUACCAAGAUUUUUCAGUGUGACGAGGUCAUUGACACAUACAAUAAGAAACUUUAGAUAUCUUUAAAUGGUUCUGUCGUGGCAGACCCUUGUCUCAUCCAAACUUUCCAUCUUGUCGGAUGAAUGAUUGAAAACUACUUCAAAUAGGCUGAAGCUCUGCAACGAUGUUCCUUUUAUCUUUGACAGUGUUAGUUUAGGAUGGAUGCCAAACUGUGAACACCUUGUUGCUGUCAGACCAAACUCGUCAGAGCGACCUUCUGACCUUUUACUUGUCUAAUGUUUUCCACACAACUUCACUAAAGCGUUCAGGAUUUCCUCACAGGUUCCUAAUCUGGUCAAACAUCCUGUUGCGUGAACACAUCCAGCCUUUAAACUGUCUUCUGGAAUGCUUGACUGGCAGGACAGACCUUUUCACCCUUGUGUAUUUGAUUGUACAGAGAUUUUGUAAAUAAUAUUAAUAUGAUAUAUUCUGCACCAGCAAUCUGUCUGUUGAUAAAGUUGUUUCAACUGUUCAGGGUCAGGUUUCCCAAAACACGACUUGGCACUUCAUUUACAAUCGCGACGCAGACAGAAGACACGUGGAAACAAACCACUUUCCUCUGCAGCUUUAAUACCCUUACCAACAACUUUACCAGAGCUGUGAUAAAUAGUACUCGCGAUUACUUUUAGGAGUCUGUGUAAACCUCUUUGUGGUAUGUGAUUGGUGAGAUUUUGCUCAUUAGGACUAGAUACAUUUCUUGAUGUUUUUUCUGUGAUUGUCUAAAAUUUCUGACAUUCGUUGUAAGCCUGAAUCCACCAAUCUAAUCUUUUUUUUCAUGUGACUUUAAUAUCAUUUUCUCAAUUCCAUUCAGGUCUAUUUUAAUUUGAUUUUAAAAAAAUAACCAUGCUAAAUAUGUCAUAGUUGGUCUGAAUGAUGGUUGAGAACUAAAGGGGACAUGUGGUAUGUUGACUUAGACCAUUCGUCUGCACUUGUAAGUGUUGAACUCACAUUACAUCUAGGCGUUUGUUUCCCGUCUGCUGGAUUUCAGUGCCGGUCGUUCACGUCAGCUCCUCUGUGAUCUGGAUCUGUGUGUGAAAGGUUUGGGAAGCCCAGUGCUGGUUGUUGGCAUCAGUUCUGCUGCUUCUUUUAACUCUGGUUUGAAAACAGAAAGGGUUAAAAAGACAAAAAAAAUGACUAUAAAAAAGAAAACAGCUCUCUGCCUUGUGCAAUGCAUAUGUACUGAAGUGAAGAGAUUUUUUUUUUCUAAAAAGGAAUUAAACUAAAACUGGAUGAGAAA